AUGGCUACAGACUUUGUGGAAAACUGCCUAGAGACCGCGCAGCGCAAUAGUGAAAGUAAGACCUCUCGCUCAUGGACUAGGGAUAAGCUACUUGGGCGCAGCCCCUAUGACACCAAUGAAGCUCAAGCAGCCUUCCCCGGCCUUUUAGCCCAAAUCCAAAACCCAGCCCUUAGGGCUUGGCGGCGCCUUCCGCCUAAAGGCUCAGCUACCACCUCCUUAGCAAAAAUUCGCCAGGGCCCUGAUGAACCGUACAGUGAUUUCGUCAGCCGCUUAACUGACGCGGCUGAACGACUAGUCGGGGAAGGAGAAACAGAAAGAGCUUUUAUUAAACACCUGGCCUAUGAAAAUGCUAACCCGUCUUGCCAGGAGACUAUACGACCCCAUCGCUGUGGCAAUCUCUCUGAUUAUAUCAAACUUUGCUCAGGUAUAGGAACCUCCCAUGCCAUUGGACUAGCCAUAGGGGCUGCGCUUAAGGACUUUACCAAGGAUAAGCAACAAAAAACUUGUUUUAAUUGUAAGCAGCCAGGGCAUUUUGCUCGAGUCAACCCCAGGGGCCUACUUCCUAAUGAAAUUCGGCAGAUGGAUGUCACCCAUAUAUCUGAAUUUGGCAAUCUUAAGAAACCGAAGCCAUUUGGCAUCGUCGGUCAAGGAGUAUUUGUAUGUGGGGGAAAUAUGGCCUACACGGCCCUACCCACAAAUUGGACAGGAUUAUGUGUACAGGCCAGUAUUCUCCCGGAUAUUGACAUCAUCCCAGGAGGAGAACCUGUCCCCCUGCCCAGCCUUGAUUACAUCACUGGACGCAGUAAGCGGGCUGUUCAAUUUAUCCCUUUACUUAUUGGCCUAGGAAUUUCUGGAGCUGUAGCUACUGGUACAGCUGGGCUAGGAACAGCAUUGCAUACCUAUAACAAAUUAUCUAACCAGCUAAUUGAUGAUGUCCAAGCUCUCUCAGGCACUAUCAAUGAUCUCCAAGAUCAGAUAGAUUCAUUAGCUGAAGUAGUACUACAAAAUAGAAGAGGGUUAGAUUUGCUCACAGCAGAACAGGGAGGAAUAUGCUUAGCCCUACAGGAACGCUGCUGCUUCUAUGCCAACAAAUCUGGGAUCGUCCGAGACAAGAUAAAGAAGUUACAAGAAGAUCUAGUGAAGAGACGGAGAGAAUUAUUCGAGAACCCCCUUUGGAGCGGACUGAACGGACUUCUGCCCUACCUGCUUCCUGUUCUCAGCCCCCUUAUAAGCCUUCUCCUAAUCCUAGCUUUCGGCCCCUGGGCUUUUAGAAAAUUAACAGACUUUGUAAAACAGCAGGUUGAUAGCGUCCUGGCCAAACCCAUUCAGGUACACUACCAUCGUCUAGCCAUGUUAGACCGUGAAUGUGAUUAUAAUGACUGCUAAAACUCCCUCCCUGCGGGGACAGCAUGACGCCAGAGGGAUGCUUGCCUACUCCCCAUAGAAGGAGAAAGGCAUGGGCACCGACCUGGGUGCACGGCAAAGCACUGCAAGGGAAGGUCACA